CAAUAUUUUUAUGAUGAAGUCAUAACUACAGCAAAAAUAGAGCAACAAUGCCGACACUCUUUGCAAUUUCAUUGUUUGCAAUAUCCAGUGCCUACGCUAUGAGAAAUAAAUUAAAUUUUUAUGAUAUUGAAAUAAAUAGAAUGGCAGGAAAUGAUUCUUUUAAUACAAAUAAUACUCUUGAAAAUCGAAUUAAUUUCCAUACUCUCAAUUAUAACAACAUGAGUAACACAGAAUUGUACGCAAAUUUUGUUCCAUUUCUUUUGAAUAUAUCGAUGAAACUCCUUGAAAAUGUACACGAAAAUAUUAAAAAAAACUAUGAAUUGAGUAAUGAAGACAUAAAAAUAAUCGAAGCUGCAUUUAGAUCAAGCAAUUUAGAAUAUCAAUUAAUGUUGAGAGAAAAUUUAAACAGAAUGAGAAAAAUUAAAUUUACUUCCCCCGAGAUUUUAUUGUUGGAUUUUACAGAUUUCUCUAACUAUUUAUUACAAACACUUAUAGAGAGUCGACUCCAAAAAACGAGUUACAAUUUAAACCGACCAACUAGAUGGUACAAGAAUUUGCUCAAGUACAGUAUAUUACGACAACAAAUGAAAAUAGUAACCAAUGAAAUAGAAAUCAAUAUUUGUUAUAGAUUUUCUAUAUGUGUGCAAAAGUCUGAUUAUACCGAACAUUUAAUAGAAUGGUUACGUCAUCUUUUGAACGCAGAUAAUGAACAAUUGAAGACAUUUUUUCAUGCAUUAACAAAUUUGAUGUACAGUUUUUUUAGAAUUAAAACGAAUGCGAAGUUUCGACAAAAAAUAGAAAAUAUUUUAAAAUUUGAUCCUUAUUAUCAACGAAGUGUUAUCGAUUUUAUUGACGAAUCAUUGUCAGAGCAUGACAUAGUAACAAUUGUAAAUAAGGAACAACGUAAAUACGCUAUUCUUUUAAAAGAACUAUUCAACGUUAUCGAUGAAAAUUACCAAUUGAAUGAUAUGAAUAAUAAAAAAUUAGAACUUUUUUCUAAGCAACUUUGGCUGUGGAUAAACAAUAAAAGUUUCGAAAUAAGAUCAUUGCUUAAAGAGGUUGUGGAUAAUAUUUUACAUAAUUUACGAAUUUGGCCAAUUGAAGCUCAGACCAAAUUGGAUAAAAUAUGGAUAACAUUGUCAACGUUAGACUAAUAAUUAAAUUAAAAUUGUAUAAUUUACAUUCGUUCAAGAAUAUAACCCUAUAUAAUAAACAGAUGAGACUCACUUCUGUACAAUAAACAUAAAAGUUUUGAAG